AUGAGAGUAAUUCCAGAAGGCCAAAUGGCACCUGCGGAGCCUGCGGAGCCUGCGGAGCCUUCAGCACCAGAUCAAGAUGAAAUCCUGGAGAUCUUCAAAAGCUGCUUCUCUGACGAGACCUCUGUAGGCAAGGAGCUUCUUAGUCAAGUGUUGACGCAGAUCGGCGUGGCCAAGGCUGAUGCGGAUGCCAUGCUGUCCCUGGUCAACAGUGGAAGCUCUGAGGUUUGCUACAAUGACUUUGUGAAGUUCAUCUUCCCCCCGAAGGUGGAGGAACCUUUCCUUGUUAGCUACUUCCGCCGCAUCUUCCAACGGAUUUCUUCACAUGAUGAAGGUGUCACCAAGAAGCAGCUGCACGAGGUGUUGGAGAGCUUUGAGAUGAGUCUUCCAGGGGAGACUCCUGAAACAGCUGAUGCUGUUGCUCAUAUCUUCAGCGAAAUAGACCACAAUGCCGACGAGAAGAUUUGCUGGGGCGAAUUCUACCAGUGGCUUCUGCGAUGGAAUGUCAUGAAAGAUGAAAGUGAAGAUGCUGCAAGAUCGCUCUUCACAUUUCUUGACCGCGAUGGGAAUGGCACAAUCGAUGCUCAAGAGAUGAUGGACGCGCUUAUGCUCUUGAGUGAUUUUGAGUCCAAACAUGACAAAACACUGGCUGUUACUCCAGCAGAGGUUGGCCUCAUCAUCCGGGACUUGGCUCCUGACAAUGACUCGGGAGGAAUCGAUUAUCACACUUUUCUGGAAGUACUUCAUGCUGCUCGCCAAGGUCACGCACAUCCAGGAAACCAACAGCCUCACCUGGUCCUGAACUUCGAUGUCAACAACACGGUGGUGAUGCUGGACUCAGCCACUGGGGCUGAUUCCAAAGGUCUCAUCGCCAUGGUUCUGUCGAACUCUGCCUGGGGUAGCAUCGAGCUGGAUGCUGAAGGCCAACCGAUAUCCUGGAGCUGCCAGUGGUCGGAGCUGACCACCGAAAAACCCAUGGCCGGACUUCAAACCUACACGGAGUUUGUGGUGCUGAAAAACCCCUUUCCAGACAAAAAGGACUAUGCAGAUAAGGCCGCAUUUCGAGCAGCCAACGAGGAGGUGAAGAAACAACGACGGCGGGACUUGUGGGCAUUUACCGAUCCGGGGAUGCCUGGUGAGGUCUUUCACCAAGAUUUGGCGCUCCUGCAGAGCAGGCUGAUGUUGCCGGAGUCGCUGCAUGGCAGCCAAGCUGCCAAAGAUGCUGGUUUGACGGGUGAAGCAGUGCAGCUCUUGCCCUCCUUUCUCCACUUCCUGCGAUGCUCUGCUGAAAGUUGGUCAUAUCCGAAAAAAUCUCAACGUCAAAGUGGCGAGAAAUACUUAGGGGAGCUCAAGAGACGUGGCCGUAGUUUCACUUUGAUCUUCCGCACCUUCGGCAGUGAUUUGCCCAAACUGCAGAAGGAGAUUGAAGCCUUGUGCGAAGGCUGGCACCCUUUGUUCAGCAAGGAGGACAUCGUAGUGCUGGAUGGCUCUGAUGGAUGCCCCGAUUACCGAAUGCGAUUUGACACCACAGAGAGCUGCGGCACUUUCUUCCGGAACCCAGCGCAGGAUGAUUUCAUGGCACUCAUUAUGGGCAGCAUUGAGCAGCCCGAUUCCAUCGAGAAGGGGCUGGAUUUUUACGAUGACAAGCAGGAUGUUCAAAUACACGAAGGUUGGGCAGCUGCGGGGUCAUCUCGCGGCGGCAAACCCUUCUUCCUUGGUCGGAUGGAUCCAGCAGAGCAUUGCAUCUUCUUUGAUGAUCACAUCACUCCUUUGGAUCCCAAGAUUGUGGACCCGGUGGAUGCCCAUCUCUGGCCCCGACGCUUCAGCAGCGCUCAGCUCUUUGGAGUGCACCUGGUCCAAGCCCAACCGCUGCUGUCCAUCCGAGACAGGGACUACUUCGUCAAGUGCUUCGAACAGUGCGAAGCUGCACGUGCCGCAAAGCUCGAGCGUUGGCAUAAGCUGAAGCGCAUUGUGGCAGAUCUCGAUGGGGUUCGCAAGGUGCUCUCGGGCUUCCUCUACACGUCAGUGCCGAGCCAAAACGCGUCCUUCCGGCCCUGGAGUCGGAGCAGACAAGUCAGCCGGGCUCAACGUGUACAGACCUUCGAGGAGAUGGGAAUGGGGAUGGGAGGCGGUUCAUGA